AUGGAUGGACUAUCUCGAGAUGAAAUGGCGGUCCGAUGGGACGACAUCAUCGACUCGGGCGGCAAAUGUUCAGCUGAAGAAUACGGUCUCAUUCGAAAGAUGAUUGCAGCCAGCCUUGCACAAAACCUGGGCAGCCAACAGAUUCAUCAUCCUCUAUCACUUGUUGACCCCACAACUUUACAGCCUUCGGAUUCUGAAGAGCUCACUGGCGUUCAAGCAGACUAUCUCAAUGGUAUCAAGCGAUAUGCCCAAGGUCAAACGAUCUUUUCCAAUUUUGCCGCGCAGCAAAAAGUGCUUGCACAAAAGGUCCAAGAGCAGAAGCGGGCCAAGGAAAGAGAGAGGGCUCUGGACCAGGAAAUUCUGGCACUGCAGUUAGAGACUGCAAAACUGCAGAAAGAGCAUGACCAGCGCAGGACCUUUAUCAAGCAUCUUGGAGAGCUCGAGAAGAUGCCCGCAGCCCAACCUGACUUUCUCAACUCCGACAUUAUGUACGAGGACUGCAGUCCUAUGCCUGAGAUGCCCAAGGAGAUGAUCGACGGUUUUGCGACUGACCACUCAGCAGUCAAUGCCCAGGCUGAAGAACUUCUACAGAAUUUGAAGAAGCAUGUUUUGCGCAGCAAGCUCAUGUCGCAGCGACAACAGGCCGAUUAUGAGCGCAGCCAGGCUGAGAAACCGAUCGAUGUCAAUAGCCUGUCGCCUGAGGUCAAGUUAUAUGCCCUCAACGCUGUCAAGAAUGCUUUGAUUAACUGGGUCGAAGCCCAACUGGCAAAAGCUGGUGACGAUGGCUCUGAAGCCCAUGUUGAAGAAGGAACUGCCAGUGCCCAAGUGGAAUACGAUCACGAUGGUAUGUUGUCGGAAAUCCAGCAGAAAUAUCAGCGCCACAUUGAGCUGCGACAGAGCCUACUCAACCAGCUCGCUCAGUUAGAUCAGGUCAAAGAGAACUUGAAAGCUACCGCCACCACUGUUGAAAGCCCGAAGACGCAACAUCAGGCUUCUGCCGAGAAAGCCCCACUGCCGACCAAUGUACCUGACACAUAUCUCCUUACACCAUACAUCGAGAGAUUGCAGACUCUAGCCCGCCAGCAGAAAUCAAUGGUUCAGGAGAAGUCGUACAUCAAUGGCAGCCUCGCCAAACAGCAGCAAGAGACCAGACAGAUACUGGAUCGACUUGCUGAAGAAAGCCAGCUCUUGUCAAAAUUUCCCGUGGUUAAUGAGCCUUCAAAAUCCGAGCUCAGCUUUGACGACCGAACAAAAAUCACGGACGAGAUCAAGCCGUGGCUCCACGCUGCCGACUCGGCCAAAUUGGCGACCCUGGUGGAGGUAGCCGAAAGUGUCGAGAUUGGUAUGGAGUCGAUUGACGAGGCGAUCGUGCGAUUGGAACAAGCCUGCAAGCUAUUUAAUGUUCCAUUUCCACAGGGAGGAGAAGAGCUAAAGCAGGAAGACGGCGUAGAGGACUCUACAAAAGUUGCGAGAAGCCCCAAGAAAGAGCCGGCAAAGAAGAUUGACGAAGUCAAGACCAUCUGGGAUAUACUCGAUGGAAACUUGGGUUCGAUCAACGAGUUGGAUUUGCGACACGAAAUGUGA